AGCAUCAAUCCUAGGCACUGCGUUGAUCCUCCCUGGUUGUUCAGACAUCUAUCGCCGACUUUAAUCUCCCAAAGCAGCAUGAUCCGGCACGAGUACCGCGGAUUCGGCAUCCCGCCCGGCCCUCCUCAGCUCCCGGAGAUGUUUCACGGACCCGCGCAUGGCGGGAAGGUUAGAGCGGACGAGAAGGUGGUUCCUGGUAGCGAGCGAACCGGCAUCAUGUGCGGCCCGAUGGUUCCCGUAGAUCGCGGAUUAGAUCCGGUGAAGCACACGCAGUACCCGUAUGUCACGGGUGCGUCUGUGAUCGCUAUGAAGUAUAAGGACGGCAUUAUCAUGGCAGCUGAUACCAUGGGCGCCUACGGCCGCACCAUGAGGUACAAGAGCGUGGAGCGCAUGAAGCAGGUGGCUCCUCAGACGGUCAUGGGAGCUGGUGGGGAGAUCAGUGACUUUCAAUUCAUCCUCUCGCUAUAUGAGGAGCUGCUCACGAACGACUAUGCAUUUGACGAUGGCCAUGUGCUGUCCACACGAGAGGUGUUCAACUACAUGACGCGGGUCAUGUACAACCGCCGCAACCGCUUCGACCCGCUCUGGAACUCCAUUGUGAUCGGUGGGCUGGACAAGGGCGAACCCUUCCUUGGCUCGGUGACGAUGAUAGGCGUGCACUUCACGGACGACCACAUCGCGACGGGUUUCGGCAGCCACCUGGUGCGGCCGCUCUUCCGCAAUGAGCAUCGGAACGACAUGAGUGAGGAGGAGGCCGUGAAGCUGCUGGAGAAGGGCCUGCGAGUGCUGUACGCUCGCGACAGCAGCGCUCUCAACAAAUUCCAGAUCUCAAAAGUGACUGCGGAGGGAGUGACAAUAUCGAAGCCAUUUUCGUUGAACAUAGAGUGGAACUACGCCCAUUUUCAGAAUGCAGUCCCUGACAAAUAUAGUGGCUCAUGGUAACUACAUACAGUACUUGUUGCGUCUGACAAUCAAGCUUGUGAUCAAUGAUGCGUGGUCCUCAUGGUGCCCAUGUUGCCUCAUGUCACUGUAACAUUGUCUAUACAAUGCAUUUUUUACUGCAGCCUUAGAAGC